AUGGCCGAUAUCGAAGUCCCGCCCGACAGCCAGACGAAGCAGCGCAAGAAGUCGAUAUUCGAUAAUGCGCGACGGCAAGGCAGCGUUGUGGAAGCGGACUCGAUCGUGCCGGAUACGCUGGAUGCGUCGCAGUUGAGUAGGGCGGAUAGACGGUUGGCGGAGCUGGGAUAUCCUUCGGUCUACCAACGCCACUUCGGCUGGCUCUCAACCCUCUCCUUCGCCCUCUCAAUCUCCGGCCUCUUCGCCUCCGUAACCACAACCUACAUCUACCCGCUCGAAGCGGGCGGCGUCUCGUCCGCAGUCUGGUGCUGGCUAAUCUCCGGUUUCGGGUGCUACUGCAUCGCUCUCUCCGUGGCCGAACUCGUAUCCGCCUACCCCACGAGCGGCGGCAUCUACUUCACGUGCAAAUACCUGGUGCCGCCGAACCAGGUGCCCUGGGUAUCCUGGGUCGUCGGCUGGCUGAACCUACUGGGCCAGAUCGCGGGCGCCGCGAGCACGGAGUACGGCUGCGCGCAGCUAUUGCUGGCGGCGGUGAGCAUGGGCACGGAUUUCACGACGUACGUGCCGACGGGGAAACAUACCGUCGGUGUCAUGGCGGCGAGCACGGUGUUCCACGGCGCGCUGAACUCGCUGGACACGUCCGCGCUCGAGAAGAUCACGAAGAGCUACGUCAUCUUCCACAUCGUGGUGCUGGUGGCGUGCUGCAUCACGCUGCUCGCGUGCGCGAACAACAACGCUCCACGCCUCGGCCUGCACACAUCUGAGUACGUGUGGACGGAAGUCGUCAAUAGCAGUGGCUGGACGCCCAAUGGUUGGAGCUGGAUGUUCGGCUUCCUCGGCGCCAGCUGGACUAUGACGGACUAUGACGCGACGGCGCAUAUUGCGGAGGAGAUCAAAGAGCCGGAGGUCAAAGCCGCGUGGAGCAUCGCUAUCGCGUUGGGGUUUACGUGGAUAGGCGGCUGGUUGUACACCAUCGUCCUAGCCUACUGCACCGGCGACGUGACGGAUAAGCUGGAGAGUAAGAUCGAGCAGCCCGUCGCGCAGAUCUUUUAUGAAGUCAUGGGAAGACAGGCGGGGAUUUUCUUCGUCGUCUGUGCGUAUCUCGUGCUGAACAUGACUGCUAUGACGGCCAUCCAAGCCGGGAGCAGGACGAUCUGGGCGUUCGCCCGCGACGAAAUGCUGCCGGGGAGUAAAAUCUGGUAUAAGACGUGGAGCAAGACCGACACGCCCGUCAACGCGGUCUGGUUGUUCGUGUGCUGUUGUGUGCUGAUUAACCUGAUUGGACUGGGAUCCUAUACGGCGAUCAGUGCGAUUUUCAACCUGACGGCGAUCGCGCUGGAUUGGAGCUAUGUGAUCCCCGUGCUGUGUAAGAUGAUUUAUGGGAAGGCGGAUAAAGGGCCGUUUCAUCUGGGGUGGGCGAGUUGGUGGAUCAAUGCUUGGGCGGUUGUGUGGACGGUUUUUGUGACGAUUAUUUAUGUGCAGCCGACUUUGUUGCCGGUGGAGGCUGAUAAUAUGAAUUACGUAUCCGUCCUCAUGGUAGCAGUCGCCCUGUUCGCGGGUAUCUACUGGGUCGUUAGUGGAAGGUACUAUUACGUCGGCCCGAGAGUGCGCGCGCAGUUGCUGGUGGGUGUCGCGGAUGAGCAGGAGGGUAAGGGGUUCAAUGAGAAGGAGAAGGAGGGGGGAGUACGGGGAGUAGUGAUGGGAAGGAGGUCGUCGGUUGAGAGUUAUGGAGAGAGCUGGGGGGAGGGGGGGGGAGUAAGGGAAUGGGAGAGGGGGAGGGUGGAGAAAGGGUGGUGA